CUGUAGCUGUGUGUGCAAGUUGAAACUUUUUCAGCGCGGUUGUGGUCUCGGGGAUAAGGAGCGGAGUUGGAGCUCCCCUCCCUGCCGCUCGGUCCCUGUGCUCAGUGGUGCUGAUGAGAGGACGUGAGUUUCCACACGCCCCGCCCCCAGUGAGAGAGCCCGGCUGACAGUGAUGCAAGGCAUGCCUGAGAGCAGGCAGCAUCCCGGCAGCAUCCCGGCCACACACCACCGAGCGGACCACUUUGGACUAUACUCUGCACCUCUACUCCUCCAGCGCUCAAGUUUUGCUCCGAGGGGCUUCCUGAAACAAGAAACGCUUUCAAACGGCUUCCUCUUUUUUUUUUCUUUUUCUUUUUGUCUGACAUUUUCUUGAAUGAAUCCGGCUGUGUAGUCUCUCUCCCCCCCAACAAAAACUCGUAGUUGCCCAUUCUCCCAAAUGCUUCGCCUGCCAGUCUCGCUGUGCAUGUGGGUAUAGAAGCGGCUGCGUGCAGGUGGUUUACGGGAAAAAGGUUACACAGGGAUUUUUCCCCCCCCCUUUAGAUAAAUAAACCCCUCUUUUUAUAUUUGUGGACGCGCGUCCACUUACUAUUUAUACCUCACAAUGGCUGAUGGAAACGCGGAAUGCAAUAUCAAGGUGUUGUGUCGAUUUCGUCCACUGAACAAGUCCGAAAUUAACCGAGGAGAUAAGUUCAUCCCUGUAUUUCAAAGAGAGGACACUGUCAUCUUCGGGGGGAAGUCGUACGUGUUCGACCAGGUGUUCCCCACCAGCACCACCCAGGAGCAGGUCUACAACGCCUGCGCCAAGCAGAUCGUCAAAGAUGUACUCGGUGGAUACAAUGGGACUAUCUUUGCCUAUGGUCAAACCUCCUCUGGAAAAACACACACCAUGGAGGGGAACCUUCACGACCCCCAGGGAAUGGGAAUCAUCCCCCGGAUCUCAGAAGACAUUUUCGAACACAUAUUCGCCAUGGACGAGAACCUAGAAUUCCACAUAAAGGUCUCCUACUUUGAGAUCUACAUGGAUAAAAUCCGGGACCUGCUUGAUGUGACAAAAACCAACCUGUCAGUGCACGAAGACAAAUACAGAGUCCCAUAUGUCAAGGGCUGCACGGAGCGAUUUGUCACGAGCCCCGAGGAAGUGAUGGAUGUGAUAGAUGAAGGGAAGGCCAACCGUCACGUUGCUGUCACCAACAUGAAUGAGCACAGUUCCCGCAGCCACAGCAUCUUCCUGAUAAGCAUCAAACAGGAAAACGUGGAGACAGAGCAGAAGCUGAGUGGGAAGCUGUACCUGGUCGACCUCGCUGGUAGUGAGAAGGUCAGUAAGACAGGUGCAGAGGGAGCAGUGCUGGAUGAGGCCAAGAACAUCAACAAGUCUCUGUCGGCCCUGGGGAACGUCAUCUCAGCGCUGGCCGAGGGAACGAAAUCCCAUGUGCCGUACCGUGACAGCAAAAUGACUCGCAUCUUGCAGGAUUCUCUGGGCGGGAACUGUCGCACCACCAUGUUCAUCUGUUGCUCUCCCUCCAGCUACAACGAUGCAGAGACCAAAUCUACCUUGAUGUUUGGCCAACGAGCCAAGACCAUUAGAAAUACUGUAACCGUGAACCUGGAGCUCACAGCAGAGCAGUGGAAGAAGAAGUACGAGAAGGAAAAGGAGAAGAACAGGUCAAUGAAGGAGACAGUACAAAGACUGGAGGCUGAGCUGAACCGCUGGAGGAACGGUGAGCAUGUUGUGUUGGAGCCUCUGAGCCCAGAAUCAGAGGACGUCGUCCCCCUGCAGCCUCACGAGUCUGAGGAGCCGCUCCUCGACAUCUGCAGCCCCUGCAGCCCCUGCAGCCCCUGCAGCCCCUGCUCACUCGCCUCCUCCAUUGUGGUUCACAUCUCGGAGGAGGAGCGGCAGAAGUAUGAGGAGGAGAUCCGCAAGCUCUACAAGCAGCUGGACGAUAAGGAUGAUGAGAUCAACCACCAGAGCCAGAUGGUUGAGAAGCUGAAGGAGCAGAUGCUCGACCAGGAGGAGCUUCUGGCAUCGUCCAGGGGUGACAGCGAGAAGGUGCAGUCGGAGCUCGGCAGGCUGCAGACGGAGAAUGAUUCCGCUAAAGCCGAGGUGAAGGAAGUCCUCCAGGCCCUGGAGGAGCUGGCAGUCAACUACGACCAGAAGAGCCUGGAGGUGGAGGAGAAGAGCGUGCAAAACAAGCUGCUGGCUGAAGAGCUCGCGAAGAAAAUGGCUCACCUCAUGGCUAUGGAGGCGGAGCUGUCCCGUAUCCAGGAAGUGAGCAGCCACCAAAGGAAACGCAUCGCAGAGAUUCUCAACGGGCUGAUGAGGGACCUGAGCGAGUUCAGCACCAUCGUCGGAAACAGAGACAUCAGGCUGCCCAUGGAUAUCACUGGUGUGAUCGAGGAGGAGUUCACAGUGGCACGCCUCUACAUCAGUAAAAUAAAGUCAGAGGUGAAGUCCAUGGUGAAGCGCUGCCGCCACCUGGAAAGCCUCCAGAUGGAGUGUCACCGCAAGAUGGAGGAGACGGGCAGAGAGCUGUCCUCGUGUCACCUCCUUGUUUCACAGCACGAGGCAAAGAUCCGCUCUCUGACGGACUACAUGCAGAACGUGGAGCUGAAGAAGAGACAGCUGGAGGACAGCUACGACUCUCUGAGCGAGGAGCUGGCCAAACUCCAAGCUCAAGAGAGCAUGUCAAAGGUGACCGCAGGGGAGAAUCAAACGUCUGUCCAGGAUUCCUGUGUUAUUAAGAGGGCUCUGGAGCAGCAGAUGGAGUCGCACCGUGAGGCGCACAGCAAACAGCUUGGCCGCCUGCGAGACGAGAUCAAUGAGAAGCAGAAGAUCAUCGACGACCUGACUGAUUGUAACCAGAAGCAGCAGCUCGAGUUGGAGCAACUCCACUGUGACUACGAGUGUCUCAGGAGCCAAGAGCAUCACAAGAGCCGGCAGCUGGAGGAACUGACAUUUCUCCACGAGCGGCACGAGCAGUCAAAACAGGACCUCAAAGGGCUGGAGGAGACUGUUGCUCGUGAGCUGCACACCCUGCACAACCUCCGCAAGCUUUUUGUUCAAGACCUCACGACUCGAGUCAGAAAACAUGCAGGGAUGGAGCCUGAUGAUAGCGGGGGAUACAUCACCCAGAAGCAGAAGAUUUCCUUUCUUGAAAACAACCUGGAGCAGCUUACAAAGGUUCACAAACAGCUGGUACGUGACAAUGCAGAUCUUCGCUGUGAGCUUCCAAAGCUGGAGAAACGUCUUCGAUCUACAGCUGAGCGAGUUAAGGCGCUGGAGGGUGCACUGAAGGAGGCGAAGGAGGGAGCCAUGAAGGACCGCCACCGCUACCAGCAGGAAGUGGAGCGCAUCAAAGAUGUGAUGAGGGCUCGCAAUCCGUUCCGCCGGCCCCAUGCUGCACAGAUAGCCAAGCCCAUCCGUCCCGGUCACUACCCGAUGUGCUCUCCCACCAACCCCUUCUUCAUCCGAGGCUUCAGCGAUCACCCCGUUGCCUUCUGCAAAGCCAGUUUCCACAACAGCAACGACCAGGAAGCAGCUGCUCCUGCUGCUCCUGCAUCUCCUCCUCCUGCACCUCCUGCCGCUCCUGCUGCUCCUGCAACACCAGAGAGUGAGCCCAGGCUACCCGAGACUGACUCCAACCAGAACAGCCCCACCAAACACCACGACUCCAAAAGCUCACACGACAACGACACUCCGGACAACAUGCUUCCAGCUGAAGCGCCGAGCCAAGCGGCCAUGAACACUGCAGAGAUGCUCGAUUCAGAAAAUGGAAACACCACAGAUAUCAAUGACAACAGCAUGUGUCUGAAUGUGAAUUCUGUGUCCAGAACUGACGUAUGUGACAAUCAGGACCCAGCCAAACUCUACAGCCUGCAGCCGGAGGCUUCAGCCAGCUAAUAGUCCUGAGCAGGCAGACGUUUCUUCUGAGGCCUCCUCUGUAAAAUCUGCAUGCAGCUGAUCUCUGUCCUCCCAGCUUAGCUUUCCUCUCCCAUCCUCACCUGCUGUAAACAGACUUCUAUCUCUCCCUUGUUCCCCUUUUUUCCUCCCCCUGCUUGGUCCUCUUCAACGCCCUUCUCCUUCCUGUGCAAUGAUGUGGGGUGUAUGUGGGUAUCACUAGGAUCCAUGGCAAGCACUGCAUCUCAAAUUCCUGGUCUGGCAGCUUACAGCCAUAUUGCUGCACACUCCCCCAAGAUCUGGAAAAAAAAAAAGAAAAAAACCCCAAAAGGGACCACAAAUAAAGGCGGUGAAGAGAAGGUGCAGUGCUGUCGGUAACCACUAGGGUGUGCUGUUUGUCUCAAUGAGAGAAUCACAGUGGACCAAAAAAAAAACAAACAGUACAUUCAAUCUUUAACAUUGUUGUUAUUGUUAAACGUGUAUGGAUCUGAAAAAAAGUGAAACAACAUGAAAAACAUGUGAACCUCAAGCCCACUUUACUAAUAUUUAUACAUCUGACUGUGCAUGUCGAUUUUUGAAUGUUGGUCUUCAGCUUUUCUCUGAAAAAUAAACAAAAGAGGAAGAGAGUGAGGGAGGCAACAUUAUCAGGAAAAGUCUCAGUCUGAACACCGGCGCAGCAGAAGCACUGUGGGUCAACGCAAAUGGGAGAUUCAGUCUUAAAAAUGUGCUGUGUUCAAGGGAUAAUAAAGCUUUCUUCACAGUUUUUGUUAUUGAUAUCAAAUCUCAUGAAAAGACCAAAACCAACAACACGGUCAUCAGUUUGAUGCUGGAACUGGCCUGACUCAGAAAUCUCAGGACACUGUAAUCUUUGGCAGACUUUUCUAAAACCAGAGUAAAUAGUGGAUUUAUCUGGACUGUUUUCAGCCGUGGAUAAAUACACUUUUUUCUGCUCUGGUUAGUUUUUAGGAUGGUGUAUUCAUGGUGAUGAGGAAUAAUCUCAACCAGUGCAGCAGUGUGACUCAGAGAUGGGUUUCUGGAAACAAUGGAAGCUGUUGGCACAGAGGAAAUAGCCACUUGCAGUCGGGGUUAAUUUGGGCCUUGUCAUGUAAUUAAAAAACUAUGCUGAGAGUUACCACCCAGUUUUGUUGCAAUCAGCAGGCACACUGCUUCUGCGUCCUCUGCUGUCUGUCUGACACGCUCACCCACACAGGCAGGGGAAAGGGCCGAUGUGAUGCAUUCAAGCGCACCUCGUAAACUCAGCAAUCCGUCCAUGAAUGAACAGGAAAAGUUUAUAUUUUUUCUGUUAUCAUUUCUUGAAUACAUGCACCUACAUCUGUCAUUUUUCUUGUUCUUCCACUACUUCAUUUAAAAGAAAGAAGAUGCUAAAAUCACAGAUGUGUGAGUCAUUGUGACUUGGGCUCGAGUCCUAAAUCCCAAGAGUCUCAAGAAUCUGCUCAGUUUGACUUGCUUGAAACUUGGACCAAAUGAGUUUGGAGUCACAUGGCUGUAAAAUCAUAAGAAUGUCCCAUUUAUCCCAGUGACAGAUUGUAUUAUCUUAUUUGUGUUAAUCUUAAUAAAUUGUUAUUAGCAAACUCAACCAUAUUCUUUUUUCAAAAUUUUACAUGAUUAAGCCCAGUUGGACCCCUGCUUGUAAUGUUUCUUACAGGAUCAGUUCAUUGCUGGUUUUUGUCUUUUCAUGGAAAUUGUUUACAAUAAGAAAAAUACAGCUAAUCAUCAGACUUCUCCUUUUACUAAACUGUUUCAAU